AAGUUUGUAAAAUUGCGUCACAUCCUAUAUUUUGUUGACAUGAGAUUACAAAUGAAAAACAAGACAUAUCACUGAAAGUAUUUUGGCAAGAUCAAUGGGAAAACAACCUCGAUCUACAUGUUUGGGUGUUGGUGCCCUUAUCGAGCUAUCCCAUCAUUAGUUAAUGUCCUCAAAACGAAAGAAGGCUGCAGCUCUACACGGAUGCCUAGAUUUGCAAGAUGGCAUCAAGCCUGGUUUGUCGCAGACUUUCCGAAGUCUCAACAUUACCAAUAAACCUUUGAAGAAAACCUUACACUGCAAGCGACGGUCCUCAGACACUGACAGGGAGUCUCCUGCGGUUAGAAGGAAGCCCCGGUGUAAGAGUCUGGGACCUCCGAAGUGUGCGCAGCAGUUUUAUCUUAGCCCCUUAGCUCAUAGUUCUACGUAUCUGUCGUACGGUUCCACUUCUGACAAACCGUGUGAGCUGCCCUACAAAAAGCCAGAUCCUUACAGAGAGCUCCAUAACGAGGUGAUGACUGUGUUGAGGAAAACGUUGCAAAAACAAGCGUCGUCCUUACCCAGCUACAAGUUGGACCUUCCUGAAGACUUGGAAGCCUUGAACACUUGCUUUGAAAGUACACUUACUGGGAAGGAGGGCCUGGAGUCUGCCAAGGGGGAAUGUCAGUACGACGAGGAGGAGGAUGAAGAGGAAGACGGCAUUCCCCAAGCUGUGCGAGCAACCCUACCGCACCAAGAGCCAACCACCAGUGCCGAGAUCUUGAAAGCUUUACACCUUCAGCACAUGGAGAAGAUGGUCCGUGGCGUGAGCCCCAGCAAGCUGGUGACGCACCUGAACACCACGGGCUACCUGAACCACCAGUACGACCUGCACAUGAGAACAUCUCUGGACCAACAGAACCUCAAGUCAGGCAUGAAAAAAGGCGUGGAGAGACUGUACUCUAUUCUGCCUACCUACACCAUUUAACUUUCAUUAUUUGUCAUAAAUCCGAUGAAAAAUGAAUCUUAUUUAUCUAUCUUAAUAUGACACAAAUUUUGCAAGGCCCCAUCAUUUUUAAAACAUUUUUACUGAGAAGUUUCGUUUUAUACUGAAUGAAAUAACUCUAUAUAUAAUCUCUGCAUCUGUAUAGAAAAGUAGUAGAAGUUUAUAAAAAGUCUUUCAAAUACGCGCUGUUCUUUUUUUAAAAAAGUAACUCUUCUGUCAUUCAUUUUGAAUGAAAUUGUGGAUGAAAUCAAUUCCAGCACACGGGAUGGACGUCUUGUUUGCUUUUCACGAAAUCUCUCCCGCAAAUACAUUGUGUCUUUAUGUAUAGCCAGGACACGCAUGAAUUAUUUUGUCUUAAUGUGCUCGCAAAGCUUUAAUGAUGCAAUAUUUACAAUACAUGUACAGCGGGACUCUACUUUGAUCAUCUUACGACUCUAUUUCAUUUUGACAUUUGGGUUACCUUUGUAGGUAAGCUUUUACAGACUAGAAAAACUCUUUCUGAAUGGUCUAAAAAAAUAUUUUAAAAAGAUUUAUUUAAAGCCUUGUGUAAUUUAUUAUUGUUAAAUUUACUCUAAAAUGCAAUUUAUAUAAAAAAGACAAAAACCAUACAAAUAUUA